AUGCAGCAGGCGCCGCGGCAAGAACAGCAGGCGACGGGUCCUGCGCAUCGAGUACCGGAUGCGCGUCAACGGAAGCUGAAAAUCAGGAAGUUCGACGGUAGCGAGCUGUACCAUGGGCUCGGCUCCGGCUUCCUUGACUGGGGGCGUACGUUUAUCCGACAGAUAACGAUGGUCCAGCACGCAUGCGGCUUUGCCUGGUCUGAGGAAGUCAAAGCAGACUUGCUUGGACACUACUUGAGCGGUACCGCAGAACGCUACUACAAAAAGCAGCUUGAGGUGUGGUGGACGCAACUACCGACGCUAGACCACGUCAUGGAAAGGCUCCUGCAGACUUUCAAGACCACGAUCACGGCAACGCACGACGCGUGCGGCGGUGCGGACCAACAGGUGCUCGACAACAUCGUGCACUACGCGUCAGCAGACCUGAGCACAGUGCUCAUGGCUAAUUACGACAGCUCGCGGGUCGACCAUUUGCGCCAAGCUGAGGAGCUCGCCCACUUCGCGCAGUCUGUGAAGGUCGAGUCGCGCAAGGGUCGUGCGCUCGGACGAGAGGUUGUGGCUCACGUCGACGAGGCCUCAACGAAGAAAGAGACACGCACGUGUUUCGGGUGUGGCAAAGUUGGCCACAUUAAAAGCGACUGUCGCAGCAAAGACAGGAAGAACCACGGUGGACGUCGUGAUAGAGUUGGUGCAGAUCUGGUUCUGGAAAUCAACGACGUCGGAGGCAAGAACAAGAGCCCGACACCCAACGGAAAGAGAUCGGACCUGGUCCUCGCUGGCGAAGAUGCGAACGACAAGAACUAUGGAAAGGAGCGCACGGUCAAGCUCACAGACGUUUACCUUGCGACUCAACUCAAGCGCAACAUUGUGUCGUACGGCAAACUCGAACUUAAGGGGUUCGGCCUUGUGUACGACGGUGCGACGCGCGCACUCGUCAAACGCAGCAACAGGGAAGUGGCCUUCGACUUGACAAUACUGAACAAUGUACUCUACGUACAGACAGUCUCGCCAUCCUGCGUUAUAGGCACGCCAGCUGACGUUCUUAUGGCGAUCUUGUCCGAUGAAGCUAUGGCGGACUCAACGUCAGACACGCAAAGUGGGACUUUCACGUAA